AUGGCUGCCUCAAGCGUAACCAACACACUCGGGGACCUCAACAAGGACUCCUUUGUAUCCCUUCUCUCGAAACUGAUCGGCGAGUCGAAGCACGUGCAGAACAACCCGCCGGAGCUCAUCCCGGAGGAGGACAGGAUCGUGGGGCACGUGCUCGAUGUCCUCCGCCCGUUCAGCACCGCCAACGGCGGCCCGCUCGUUAUCAACCACGUCGCGUACAAGCCCCACAGAGGAAAUCUCAUCGUGGAGUACCCUGGAACUGAGCCCGGGAAAGUGUUGUCGUUCGUUGGGAUGCACAUGGAUGUCGUCACGGCCAACCCUUGUGAUUGGGAUUUUGAUCCUUUCACUCUGAGCAUAGAUGGAGACAAGCUCAGAGGGCGUGGAACUACUGAUUGUUUGGGGCAUGUUGCCCUUGUAGCUGAAUUAAUGAGAAGGCUUGGGGAAACAAAGCCUCAAUUGAAGUCUACUGUGGUUUCUGUAUUUAUAGCCAGUGAAGAGAAUUCAUCCAUCCCUGGAGUGGGGGUUGAUGCAUUAGUGAAGGAUGGAUUGCUGGAAAAAUUAAAGCAGGGACCUCUGUUUUGGAUUGACACAGCUGAUAAGCAGCCCUGCAUUGGUACCGGUGGUAUGAUACCAUGGAAGCUUCAUGUUACUGGGAAGCUUUUCCAUAGUGGUCUAGCCCAUAAGGCUAUUAAUCCGUUGGAACUAGCUAUGGAAGCUUUAAAAGUGAUCCAGACAAGGUUUUACACAGAUUUCCCUCCCCAUCCAAAGGAGAAAGUGUAUGGAUAUGCAACACCAUCAACCAUGAAACCAACUCAAUGGAAUUAUCCUGGAGGUGGCAUCAAUCAGAUACCAGCUGAGUGUACAGUUUGCGGUGAUGUUAGGUUCACAAAGUACACUCUCUUUUCCAGUGUUAGUACUGUAAUGAAGAAGCUACAAGAAUAUGUUGAAGACCUGAAUACUAACAUAGAGAAGGUUGACACACGAGGACCUGUUUCAAAAUAUGUUCUGCCAGACGAGGAUCUCAGAGGAAGAUUGACUAUUACAUUUGAUGAAGCAACGUCAGGAGUGGCUUGCAAUCUCGAGUCUCGUGGCUUCCAUGUGUUGUGCAAAGCUACUGAAGAGGUGGUUGGGCACGUAAAACCAUACUCUAUUACUGGUAGCUUGCCACUCAUACGUGAAUUACAGGAUGAAGGUUUUGAUGUGCAAACUUCUGGUUAUGGCUUAAUGGCUACAUACCAUGCCAAGAAUGAAUAUUGCCUUCUAUCGGACAUGUGCCAAGGGUAUGGAGUCUUUGUAAGAAUCAUUUCCCAGUUGGAAGACUGA